GGAUAAUUAAGCCCAAGAAAACAACCGAUAUCCAUCGGUGAUUGUUAUCGUAAUGUGACAGUUUGACUUCUUGAAAGCAUGAGUGUAUAAACUUUUCAUCAUCACGACCUCGACUCAUUUGGUAUAAAAGCAUGGACUACCACAUUGAGAAAGUCAGUUCUGCUUAUCAAGAGCAAAACGUUCAGUCCGACUAAAUUGCAUUGCUGGUAAAUCGAUACCGUUCAUUUGCGAAUCCAAGAAACAAGAUGAACUACUUGCUUUUGACAUUCGCCUGCCUGUCCGUUAUCGUAGGGACCAUAGCUGCAGAAUUAGCUGACCAUCAUGUGGAAAUCAGGAAGAAGUGUUCAGCCGAAAAUCAUUUGGACAAAGUAUCAGUCAACGCGGUGUAUUUAGCAAAUCCAAAGUCAAAUUGCUACCUGAAAUGUUUCCUCGAGAGCAACAAAUUGAUCAAUGCAUACGGUGAGUUUGACAUUCCCGCGGCACUCAUGCUCAUGGACCCGUCAAUUCGCGAACAGGCCAGACCAUUGGCGGAGAAAUGUGACAGAUAUAACUCGAAAAUUGAGGAUUUAUGCGAUAAGUCGCACGCAGUGAUAGAUUGCUUCUUCAAGGAAGCUCCAGCGCUCUUCCCACAGCUGGGAAUAUUCGAGCCUCCUCAACUCUGAUGAUCAACGACCCGAA